CUCUCUCUCGCAGGAUGCCAGCAUCAUGGACCGUUGUCCAGGAAGGAGGUCGGAACAUGUGACCAGGACCUCUUUCACAAUGUUUCCAAAAGUGCGAGUGCCUUCUCAGAGCGUCCACCUUUGGGUGAUGCUCCUCUGCACGCCGGUUCUGACCCAGACUUCUGAGCCGGUCUCGGAGGACUUGCAAAACUUUACUGCCGCGACGCCGCCGGGUAACUGGACCGGCGCCACCAUGCAGCUGCAGCCGGAGGGACUGACCACAGCAAAGGUGCAGACGGAGACGCCGACCAGCAACUACACAAGCCUGUCUUGUGUGGCCCUCCUGCCACCACGUGGAGGUUCCUUCUACGUGGAAAGCGGCACAGGCGUGUCUGUGGGCAGCGCUCUGGCCUUCUGGUGCCGUGAGGGCUACCAGCUGUUGGGCAGCCAUAAGAUCCACUGCCUCGUCCGCAGCGGGAACGCCCGGUGGAGCGACUACCAGCCCGAGUGCCAAGCCAUCCCCAGGCCGGAGGACCGUGGAUUGAGAGUCGCCGUGUUGGCGUCGGUGGUGAGCGCCAUCGUCAUCCUGGCCAUGUCGCUCUCCUUCCUGGUGUGCUGCCUGCAGGAACGCUGCAGCAAGACCAAAGAAGUUUCCAGCAGGCGCAGAGAAAAGCCUUCAGCCCGUCACAAGCGGCCAUCAUCAAUCAAUCAAUCAUGGCCGGAAAGAGAGGAAGACGAGUGUGAGAACUUCCCCCCUCCCAACAUCUUCCAUCUGUCCCCGAGGAUGGCUGCAGACAGCGCCCUCUACCUGCCUGGAGGCCUCGGGGGAUUGGACAACAGAGGAUAUCACAGGAGCCAAGAGAGUCUUCUAAAGGCACCCUCGCCGGGGGUCUACCGCUCCGAGUCGCAGCUCUACCCGCAUGUGGUCCUGCAGCGGGUCCUGCCUCCGACAGCACCCUCCGCCCCGCUCUACCUGCACCUUCCCUUGGGCGCCCCCACGCCGGCACACCCUCAGCCUCACAGCAUGGGGGGGUACCCCGUGCCCAUGUACCCCCCCCACCCCAACACCUGUGUGCCCACCUUCCACCACCAGCAGCAGCAGCACGUCCUGGCGCCCACCUACCCCGACACCGCGCCCACGCCCCUGCAGCCCUGGCACUGAGCUGGACUCGGACCGCGGGGAAGAUGGACGCUUGUUGUCGGGGUUAAAGGUUGGAGGUUUUGUGACGGCGGGGAAGAUGGACGCUUGUUGUCGGGGUUAAAGGUUGGAGGUUUUGUGACGUCGGGGAAGAUGGACGCUUGUUGUCGGGGUUAAAGGCUGGAGGUUUUGUGUGGGCGCUGACACAACUUUGUAGCUUGAGGUCGCAUCCUUUCUUCAUACGUUUGUGUCAACUUCCUGUCUGCUUUUUCAUAUAAAAGCAAAAUAAAGGAAUUAACUCUUUUCCACACGGACUCACUAGCUUAUUGUUGGUCUUAUUUUUGGGUGCUAAAUCAGUGUUUGGUCCAACUGCAGGAGUGUCCACACUCUUUUCACACGGAUACAUUUUGGAAGCUCAAAACAAUCCAAUGUCAGUCCACUCAAAUUAUUUUUUCCCUUUCAAGUUUGGUGGUGGAAGGAAGGUCUUAGUCACAAAUGUUUCAACUUGACUUCCACACUGUCAAUAAAAACUAUGGCAAGCAGUUGUUAAAUAGCUGCAACUAAAUGCAGUGGACUCCUGCAGACCAAGAAGCAGUACUACUAAAGUACUAGAUUUAUAAUAGGUAGAAAACAUGUA